AUGGCACAGUCAGUGCUGGUACCACCAGGACCUGACAGCUUCCGCUUCUUUACCAGGGAAUCCCUUGCUGCUAUUGAACAACGCAUUGCAGAAGAGAAAGCUAAGAGACCCAAACAGGAGCGCAAGGAUGAGGAUGAUGAAAAUGGCCCAAAGCCAAACAGUGACUUGGAAGCAGGAAAAUCUCUUCCAUUUAUUUAUGGAGACAUUCCUCCAGAGAUGGUGUCAGAGCCCCUGGAGGACCUGGACCCAUACUAUAUCAAUAAGAAAACUUUUAUAGUAUUGAAUAAAGGGAAAGCAAUCUCUCGAUUCAGUGCCACCCCUGCCCUGUACAUUUUAACUCCCUUCAACCCUAUUAGAAAAUUAGCUAUUAAGAUUUUGGUACAUUCUUUAUUCAAUGUGCUCAUUAUGUGCACUAUUCUUACCAACUGCGUAUUUAUGACCAUGAGUAACCCUCCAGACUGGACAAAGAAUGUGGAGUAUACCUUUACAGGAAUUUAUACUUUUGAAUCACUUAUUAAAAUACUUGCAAGGGGCUUUUGUUUAGAAGAUUUCACAUUUCUACGGGAUCCAUGGAAUUGGUUGGAUUUCACAGUCAUUACUUUUGCAUAUGUGACAGAGUUUGUGGACCUGGGCAAUGUCUCAGCGUUGAGAACAUUCAGAGUUCUCCGAGCAUUGAAAACAAUUUCAGUCAUUCCAGGACUGAAGACCAUUGUGGGGGCCCUGAUCCAGUCUGUGAAGAAACUUUCUGAUGUUAUGAUCCUGACUGUGUUUUGUCUGAGCGUGUUUGCCCUAAUAGGGCUACAGCUGUUCAUGGGCAACCUGCGGAAUAAAUGUUUGCAAUGGCCCCCAGAUAAUUCUUCCUUUGAAAUAAAUAUCACUUCAUUCUUUAAUAACUCACUGGAUGGAAAUGGUACCACUUUCAACAGGACAGUGAGCAUGUUUAACUGGGAUGAAUAUAUUGAAGAUGAAAGUCAUUUUUAUUUUUUGGAAGGACAAAAUGAUGCUCUGCUUUGUGGCAACAGCUCAGAUGCAGGCCAGUGUCCAGAAGGCUAUGUCUGUGUGAAGGCGGGGAGAAACCCUAACUAUGGCUACACGAGCUUUGACACCUUUAGUUGGGCCUUCCUGUCCUUAUUUCGUCUCAUGACUCAAGACUUCUGGGAAAACCUUUAUCAGCUGACACUACGUGCUGCUGGAAAAACAUACAUGAUAUUUUUUGUGCUGGUUAUUUUCUUGGGCUCAUUCUACCUUAUAAAUCUAAUCUUGGCUGUGGUGGCCAUGGCCUAUGAGGAACAGAAUCAGGCCACGUUGGAAGAGGCUGAACAGAAAGAAGCUGAAUUUCAGCAAAUGCUCGAGCAGUUAAAAAAGCAACAAGAAGAAGCUCAGGCAGCAGCUGCUGCAGCUUCUGCUGAAUCGAGAGACUUCAGUGGUGCUGGUGGGAUAGGAGUUUUCUCAGAGAGUUCGUCAGUAGCAUCAAAGUUAAGCUCCAAGAGUGAGAAAGAGCUGAAAAACAGAAGAAAGAAAAAGAAACAAAAAGAACAGUCUGGAGAAGAAGAGAAAGAAGAUGGAGUCCGAAAAUCUGAAUCUGAGGACAGCAUAAGAAGAAAAGGUUUCCGUUUUUCCUUAGAGGGAAGUAGGCUGACAUAUGAAAAGAGGUUUUCUUCUCCACACCAGUCCUUACUGAGCAUCCGUGGCUCCCUUUUCUCUCCAAGACGCAACAGUAGGGCGAGCCUGUUCAGUUUCAGAGGUCGAGCAAAGGACAUUGGCUCCGAGAAUGACUUUGCUGAUGACGAGCACAGCACCUUCGAGGACAAUGACAGCCGAAGAGACUCUCUGUUCGUGCCGCACAGACACGGAGAGCGGCGCCACAGCAACGUGAGCCAGGCCAGCCGCGCCUCCAGGCUGCUCCCCACUCUGCCCAUGAACGGCAAGAUGCACAGCGCUGUGGACUGCAAUGGCGUGGUCUCCCUGGUCGGGGGCCCUUCUCCCGCUGGGCAGCUCCUGCCAGAGGUGAGGCCAAUGAAAAUUGCUCCCGAGGGCAAGGGCACAACUACUGAAACAGAAAUAAGAAAGAGACGGUCCAGUUCUUAUCAUGUUUCCAUGGAUUUGUUGGAAGAUCCUACAUCAAGGCAAAGAGCAAUGAGUAUAGCCAGUAUUUUGACCAACACCAUGGAAGAACUUGAGGAAUCCAGACAGAAAUGCCCACCCUGCUGGUAUAAAUUUGCUAACAUGUGUUUGAUUUGGGACUGCUGUAAACCAUGGUUAAAAGUGAAACGUCUUGUCAACCUGGUUGUGAUGGACCCAUUUGUUGACCUGGCCAUCACCAUCUGCAUUGUCUUAAAUACACUCUUCAUGGCUAUGGAGCACUACCCGAUGACGGAGCAGUUUAGCAGUGUGCUGUCUGUCGGGAACCUGGUCUUCACUGGGAUCUUCACAGCAGAAAUGUUUCUCAAAAUAAUUGCCAUGGAUCCAUACUAUUACUUUCAAGAAGGCUGGAAUAUUUUUGAUGGUUUUAUUGUGAGCCUUAGUUUAAUGGAACUUGGUUUGGCAAAUGUGGAAGGACUGUCAGUUCUCCGAUCAUUCCGGCUGCUCCGAGUCUUCAAGUUGGCAAAAUCCUGGCCAACACUGAACAUGCUGAUAAAGAUCAUUGGUAAUUCGGUGGGGGCUCUGGGUAACCUCACCUUGGUGUUGGCCAUCAUCGUCUUCAUUUUUGCCGUGGUUGGCAUGCAGCUCUUUGGUAAGAGCUACAAAGAAUGUGUCUGCAAGAUAUCCAAUGAUUGUGAACUCCCACGUUGGCACAUGCACGAUUUCUUCCACUCCUUCCUGAUUGUGUUCCGCGUGCUGUGUGGGGAGUGGAUAGAGACCAUGUGGGACUGUAUGGAGGUUGCUGGCCAAACCAUGUGCCUUACUGUCUUCAUGAUGGUCAUGGUGAUUGGAAACCUAGUGGUUCUGAACCUCUUCCUGGCCUUGCUCUUGAGUUCUUUCAGUUCCGACAAUCUUGCUGCCACUGAUGAUGAUAACGAAAUGAACAAUCUCCAGAUUGCUGUGGGAAGGAUGCAGAAAGGAAUCGAUUUCAUUAAAAGAAAAAUACGUGAAUUUAUUCAGAAAGCUUUUGUUAGAAAGCAGAAAGCUUUAGAUGAAAUUAAACCUCUUGAAGAUUUAAAUAACAAAAAAGACAGCUGUAUUUCCAACCAUACCACCAUUGAAAUCAGCAAAGACCUUAAUUAUCUCAAAGAUGGAAAUGGAACUACCAGUGGCAUAGGCAGUAGUGUAGAGAAGUAUGUUGUGGAUGAAAGUGAUUACAUGUCGUUUAUAAACAACCCCAGCCUCACUGUGACUGUACCAAUCGCUCUCGGAGAAUCUGACUUUGAAAAUUUGAAUACUGAAGAAUUCAGCAGUGAGUCAGAUAUGGAAGAAAGCAAAGAGAAGCUAAAUGCAACUAGUUCAUCUGAAGGCAGCACAGUUGAUAUAGGAGCUCCCGCUGAGGGAGAGCAACCUGAGGUUGAACCUGAAGAAUCCUUGGAACCUGAAGCCUGUUUUACAGAAGACUGUGUGCGGAAGUUUAAGUGUUGUCAGAUAAGCAUAGAAGAAGGCAAAGGGAAGCUCUGGUGGAAUCUGAGAAAAACUUGCUAUAAGAUAGUGGAACACAAUUGGUUUGAAACCUUCAUUGUCUUCAUGAUUCUGCUCAGCAGUGGAGCUCUGGCCUUUGAAGAUAUAUAUAUUGAGCAGCGAAAAACCAUUAAGACCAUGUUAGAAUAUGCUGACAAGGUUUUUACUUACAUAUUCAUCCUGGAAAUGCUUCUAAAGUGGGUUGCGUAUGGUUUUCAAAUGUAUUUUACCAAUGCCUGGUGUUGGCUGGACUUCCUGAUCGUUGAUGUCUCAUUGGUUAGCUUAACUGCAAAUGCCUUGGGUUACUCAGAACUUGGUGCCAUCAAAUCCCUUAGAACACUAAGAGCUCUGCGGCCAUUGAGAGCCUUAUCCCGGUUUGAAGGAAUGAGGGUUGUUGUAAACGCUCUUCUAGGAGCCAUUCCAUCCAUAAUGAAUGUACUUCUGGUCUGUCUGAUCUUUUGGCUAAUAUUCAGUAUCAUGGGAGUGAAUCUCUUUGCUGGCAAGUUCUACCAUUGUAUUAACUACACCACUGGAGAGAUGUUUGAUGUAAGCGUGGUCAACAACUACAGUGAAUGUAAAGCCCUCAUAGAAAGCAAUCAAACUGCCAGGUGGAAAAAUGUGAAAGUCAACUUUGAUAACGUGGGACUGGGAUAUCUUUCUCUACUUCAAGUAGCCACAUUUAAGGGAUGGAUGGACAUUAUGUAUGCAGCUGUUGACUCACGAAAUGUAGAAUUGCAACCCAAGUAUGAAGACAAUCUGUAUAUGUAUCUUUAUUUUGUCAUUUUUAUUAUUUUUGGUUCCUUUUUUACCCUGAAUCUUUUCAUUGGUGUUAUCAUAGAUAACUUCAACCAACAGAAAAAGAAGUUUGGAGGUCAAGACAUUUUUAUGACGGAAGAACAGAAGAAAUACUACAAUGCAAUGAAAAAACUGGGUUCAAAGAAACCACAAAAACCCAUACCUCGGCCUGCUAACAAAUUCCAAGGAAUGGUCUUUGAUUUUGUAACCAAACAAGUCUUUGAUAUCAGCAUCAUGAUUCUUAUCUGCCUCAACAUGGUCACAAUGAUGGUAGAAACUGAUGACCAGAGUCAAGAAAUGACAAACAUUCUGUACUGGAUUAACCUGGUGUUUAUUGUUCUGUUCACUGGAGAAUGUGUGCUGAAACUGAUCUCUCUUCGUUAUUACUAUUUCACCAUUGGAUGGAAUAUUUUUGAUUUUGUGGUGGUCAUUCUCUCCAUUGUAGGUAUGUUUCUUGCUGAGCUGAUAGAAAAGUAUUUUGUGUCCCCUACCCUGUUCCGUGUGAUCCGUCUUGCCAGGAUCGGCCGAAUCCUACGUCUGAUCAAAGGAGCAAAGGGUAUCCGCACCCUGCUCUUUGCUUUGAUGAUGUCCCUCCCUGCCUUGUUCAACAUCGGCCUCCUGCUCUUCCUGGUCAUGUUCAUCUAUGCCAUCUUUGGGAUGUCCAACUUUGCCUAUGUCAAGAGGGAGGUUGGAAUUGAUGACAUGUUCAACUUUGAGACCUUUGGCAACAGCAUGAUCUGCCUGUUCCAAAUUACCACCUCUGCUGGCUGGGAUGGGUUGCUAGCACCUAUUCUUAACAGUGGACCUCCUGACUGUGACCCUGAAAAAGAUCACCCUGGAAGCUCAGUUAAGGGAGACUGUGGGAACCCAUCUGUUGGGAUUUUCUUUUUUGUCAGUUACAUCAUCAUAUCCUUCCUGGUUGUGGUGAACAUGUACAUCGCAGUCAUCCUGGAGAACUUCAGUGUUGCUACUGAAGAGAGUGCAGAGCCCCUGAGUGAGGAUGACUUUGAGAUGUUCUACGAGGUUUGGGAGAAGUUUGAUCCCGAUGCAACCCAGUUCAUAGAGUUCUCCAAGCUCUCAGAUUUUGCAGCUGCUCUGGAUCCUCCUCUUCUCAUAGCAAAACCAAACAAAGUCCAGCUCAUUGCCAUGGAUCUGCCCAUGGUCAGUGGUGACCGGAUCCAUUGUCUUGACAUCCUAUUUGCCUUUACAAAGCGUGUUUUGGGUGAGAGUGGAGAGAUGGAUGCCCUUCGAAUACAGAUGGAAGAGCGGUUCAUGGCAUCAAACCCCUCCAAAGUCUCUUAUGAGCCCAUUACAACCACUUUGAAACGCAAACAAGAGGAGGUGUCUGCUAUCAUUAUCCAGAGGGCUUACAGACGCUACCUCCUGAAACAAAAAGUUAAGAAAGUUUCAAGUAUAUAUAAGAAAGACAAAGGCAAAGAAUGUGAUGGAACACCUAUCAAAGAAGAUACCCUCAUUGAUAAACUAAAUGAAAAUUCAACUCCAGAGAAGACAGAUAUGACACCUUCCACCACUUCUCCACCUUCGUAUGAUAGUGUAACCAAACCGGAAAAAGAAAAAUUUGAAAAAGACAAAUCAGAAAAGGAAGACAAAGGGAAGGAUAUCAGGGAAAGUAAAAAGUAA